CAUUGGACCCAACUGCCUCACCAUGACACCGGAGCCGCCGCAGCAGAAGCUCAUUACCAGGACCACUUCCACUCCUCAGCUAAGCGGCCUCGGCGUUGCCUCUACCAAGGGCGUGAUGCAGCGGUUUAUGGCCUCCCAUGGCAUGCACCCUCAAGCCUUCCUGGAGAACGGCAACUCGACAACGGGCAUUACCACGGUCACCCUAUCGACGGCAGCCAUCGAGCCGGAAUCGGAGGGCAGGCCGUUGUUCCAAGAGUAUGUGCCCGUCGAGAAGAAGAACCAGCAGGAGCUGCAGGACCUGAAGCCGCUGAAGCGCCUGAGCAAGACUAACAGGCACAACACACUGAAGGCUUCGCUGGACAAGCUCAGCACAGGCGACGAGGCCGAUGCGGACGAGGAUGACGAUGAGGACUCUGAAGUGGACUGCUAUGGACCCGGAGAACUGCGCAAUGUCUAGUCCACCCAUGAGUUGGAUAGAAAUGGCAUCGAGCCGGAGAACGUACACAAGCCCGC